GAAGAACCCAGAAAACGCGGAACACACUGGCCUGGCCUUGUCUGUGCAGUGUUUAUCCUCAAUUCCUUGUCACUGGAAAGUCUGCCACCAAUCCGUCUCAGAAGGCCCCCCCCCAAGUCGAAGUGAAGGUAGAUCUUGAUGCCCAACGGCGCCCAACCGAGGUUGAAGAUCCACAUCCUGAACCGGGAAGAGAACAAUCAUCACGAUCACGAUCGCUCUUUGGUAAAGCCUGGCAAGGCUGGCAAGGGCUUGGAGAAAGAUCUACUGCUACACUGGUCCUUCUUCUCUCAAUUUGUUGAGAGCCCAAUCUGCACAACUGGCCUUCCUCUCUCUCUCUCACUCCUUGAUUUUCUCAACCUUUUGGUCCAUGCCUGUGGGCUCUGCAAAGUCGGCGAGACUUGGGAUAAAUUGAUAACUACAGGAGAACGACGACGACGACGACGGCGUCGAGGAGCAAGUGAUUUGGGAAGCUUCUGCUUGGCACGGCCUCAAUCUUACGAGAAAAAGAGCAAAGGCCAGUUUAAGCUGAGAGAGGCCUCAAUCCGAAUAUGGAGAUGAAUCUCCGACAAUGGCGCUCUACUCUGAAGUUUCAAGACCAGGAAGGAAUGGACUUGUCGCUGUGAUCAAAAGGAGGUUUGCUCCCGUAUUAGGAUUGACCUCGAACAAUCUUUAGUGUGGCCCUAACUUCGUGAUCUUCAUAUCGAGUACCUCGACGAAACUGCCUUUCAUUCUCCAAAGACGGCUCCCCAAAUCCUCACUGUGAUGAAUCGUUUCUUGGGAUAGUGCUAGCGCCUUCUCUAUUGUGCCUUACAAAUGCAAUUUUGUCAGACGAUGGCUCCGAAUCGCUCCACAGCCAUUUUGUGCCUUUUCUUUCUGCUUCAAUUAAGUAUUCUUCAAGCCCGGUCCAAUGACCCCAGUUGUCCCAUUGUGCAUCCCGAUUGUGACUGUGAGAAAAGCAACGGAGGCCAUGACAUCUGGUGCCCGGAUCGCCGUGAGCAUGACUUUCAGAUUCACAUCAAGGUUCGACAGGCAUGGAUUCGCUGCAACCCUAACAAGAAUCUCAACGAAGACGACCUCAUGUUAACCAUGCGGUCGAUCCAACUCCAAGUAACUGAUUCUCUGGCAAUUGAGACCUGUCCCAUCUUGUCUGUGCCAUAUUCGAAUCUAGUCAAAACCCUGAACAUCACCAAUCUAAAAGAACUUCGCAUUUUUCACACAAAUACCAGAAAUCAACCCCUUCAAGGAGGGCUCUUUAGAGAUCUCCCGAGUUUAACAGCUCUAAAACUUCAAAACUUGUUCACAAUAGAAUAUGAUCCGAACACCUUUGAAGGCCUAGAGAGCUUGAAAACUUUGAGCCUGAGCGGUCGGGACACUCGCAGCAUCCCGCAAACACUGUUCGAGCCUCUCAUCAAUCUGGAGUACUUGGAUCUUUUUGAGUCGGGUUUGAAAGAGGUGCCCGAGGGUUUAUUUGCGAACACCACCAAGUUGAAGUACUUCAGCUUGUCAGGUAGAGGAAUUCAAAGAUUCCCGCCCAAGUUAUUUGAACCUUGCGAAUUGCUCGUAAGUUUGAGUCUGAAGUCAAUUUCCCUUCCCGAAGGAGGCAUUCCCACCGGACUGUUUGACAACAACGCCAAGCUACGAAAUGUGACUGUGUACGGAAGUGGCUUUGAACAUGCGCCUGACCGUCUUUUCGAGAACACGUCUCUAGAAGUGUUUGAGUGGUCAUUGCUCCGAUGUCUAUCCAGUUGCAACAUCAGUUUGGGAGAUUUUGUGAAAAACGUUAGGACACUGAAAGAAUUCUCUAUCCAGCGUGGGUUUGGUACCAACUUGACCAUUUCUGAAACAUUUUUCGCUAAUUGCACUAAACUGCGCCGGGUCGAAUUUGUCAAUGUUGGGCUUCACGUGGUUCCCAAUCAUCUUUUCCGCGAUAAUUAUGAUUUGGAACAUCUCGACCUGACCGCCAAUGCAUUGAAGGACUUGCCUGAUAUGUUUUUACACUCUCAGACUGAUUUGAAGUACUUGGAUUUAAGCGGCAACAAUCUCGUCAACAUAAGUAGGGGUGUUUUCUCCAGCCUUCGGGAUAUUCGCGAGCUCAAUUUGGGUGGAAAUCAGAUUGCUCAUAUCGACUCACAAGCUUUCUUUGCCAUGUCAAAACUCGAGACGUUGAACUUGACCGGUAACCAAAUAGCCUUCACAGAUGAAACCAUUCCAGAGUGGACUAGUCUGACGAAGCUGAAAUAUGUGGAUCUGUCGCACAACAAGCUCACAUUUUCCAGUAUCCCUGACGAAUGGCGUCUUCAGAUGACGAGCCUCAAGUUUCUGAAUCUUUCUUAUAAUGCCAUAGGUUCGGUGGUGGAUGCGUCUAGUCUUAACUUUCUAUCCAAUUCUGUGCAAAUGGACUUGAGAAGGAAUAACAUCAGUGGGUUGGAUUUUCGUCACGCCUUAAACUUGCCAAUUCAAAUGCAGAGGCGGGAUACUGAACAACAUCGAAUUAACUUGAACAAAAACCCGAUUAAAUGUGACUGUCAUGCUCUCGACUUGGCCAAGUUUGUCCGACACGAAUUGAGCAACAAAGACGUACAAUCUUGGUACGAGAUCCAGGCCAAUGAUGUCCAAUGCUCCUCUCCACCAGAGAACACUAACGAGGCUUUCGAUGCAUUGCCGUAUGAGCAAUUCUAUUGCGAAUUUCCUUCCUCCGAAUUCGACGAGAUCAUCGAUUGUCCGGAACAUUGCCAAUGUUACUAUUCCCCAUACAAUCAGAUGAGUUACGUGAAUUGCAAAGACAAACAACUGGAGCACAUACCUCGAAACAUUCCCGCCUUGCCCAACAUGAGCGUUUCUUUGAACCUAGGGGGCAACAAUUUGACAACAUUAACCCCCCUAGACGAGACUUUUCAAACAGGAAGCAUCUCUAUAUUAGAUUUAUCAAACAACAGCCUGAAGACAUUAGCUGCGCAAGAUCUCCCACCAGGAUUGCUCCAAUUGUCUAUCAGCAACAAUUUCAUCCAAACCUUUGACGUUGACACCUUAACAUUGUUUAAAACCUUGAUCAAGAUCGAGUUGGGCAACAACCAGUUCGAGUGCUCAUGCGAUUCGAAAUUGUUGAUCCAAUUUUCAAGGCGAUAUCAGAAUCUCGUUAAUGAUAUUGAGAACGUUACCAUCGUGUGCGACGGGGUUCCAAGACCCAUUUUGGAUAUUCAAAUUCACGAGUUGUGUUACGAUUUUAAAAGUGAUAUUGUAAACAUCGCGCUUCCAAUCGUUAUAAUCGUCCUAAUUGCCUCCAUUCUGGCCUUAAUUUGCAUUGUCAAACAAGACAUAAUUAUCAUUUGGAUUUACUCCCAACCUCGGCUGCGAGUUUUCUUCUCCGAAGAUCUCAUGGACCGAGAUCGUCCCUAUGACGCUUUCAUCAGUUACUCGAAUGAGGACAAGGAAUAUGUGGAGGGAAAUCUGGUUCCCCAGCUUGAAUCGAACUCCGAUAUUCGAUACAAAUGCUGCAUCCACUGUCGUGAUUUCAACAUCGGUCUGAACAUUUCCGAGCAAAUCAAGGAGGCGGUUGACAACUCCCGGAGGACUAUUAUCGUCUUGUCUAAGCAUUUUGUGAAAAGUUCGUGGUGCGAAGAGGAAUUCAACAUGGCUCAUAAGAGGAAAAAAGUUAUUUUGGUCGUGUAUGGCGACCUCCCAGAUAAGGACGACAUGGGAGUUCUGCUUCAGAACUACUUAAAGUCUUACACAUAUCUGAAGCACGAUGAUCCCUGGUUUUGGGAAAAACUCAAGUUCCGACUUCCACAUCGCGGUUCCCCAAGGAAUCCUUUUAGUCGAAAGCGAAGAACUGUGGACCAAGUGCAAUUGAUAGAAAGCAACUUAAAUGGGCAAAGAAACCAGGCCUUCGAGGGAUCGAAUGGUACGAUCUUUGUGACUCAAACAACUCCGAACUCAACUAAUACGAAUGGAAAAUCACUCCAACCGGUGUCUGCGUGAUGGUCUCGUGAAAAAGACCGCAUCACGGAAUUUGUGGUAUUAUCAUUUGAUUCAUUUGAAACAAUGCAUUUCAAUAAACCCUUGUCUGACAAAUAAGCGAAACAUAAAACAAUCAAAAGCACGAGAAUCUCUCUAUUCUAAGCACAGAUGAUGGUCAUCAUUGAUUUACUUUCAGA